GCGGGAACUGACGUAGUCAAACCCGCGCUUCCUGACGUCUGUUGCCGCCGAACUUUAAAAAACCAGGAGCCUUUUCCUCCAGCACAAGCGCCGUCUCACUUCUACCGAGCAACAAGACGCGGUUUGCGCACAAAAUGUCGUUGACCCCGAAGAGACGCUGCCCGGACUCACAUAACGACUCACCGAACAACUCGAUGAACGACCCGAUGAACGACUCGCUGGAGAAACGGAUCCGGCGGAUCUCAGUGGAGGGAAAUAUCGCGGCGGGUAAAUCCACCUUUCUGCGCUGUUUGGAGCAGGAGAGCGGGGACUGGGAGGUAGUACCGGAGCCCAUCGCCAGGUGGUGCAACGUCCAAACAGAGAGCAGUGACUUCGAGGAGCUGAGCACAUCGCAGAAGAGCGGCGGGAACAUACUGCAGCUGAUGUACGAGAAGCCAGAGAGGUGGGCCUACACGUUCCAGAGCUACGCCUGUAUCAGCAGGGUGCGCGCCCAGAUGAAGUCGGCCAACGGGAAGCUGCGGGAAGCUGAGAAUCCUGUGCAGUUCUUCGAGCGCUCCAUCUACAGUGACAGGUACAUCUUUGCUGCCAACCUCUACGAGAGCGAGUGUCUGAAUGAGACGGAGUGGUCUGUGUACCAGGACUGGCACGGCUGGCUGCACAGCCAGUUUGGCAAGCACAUCGAGCUGGAUGGUAUCAUCUACCUGAGAGCGUCACCUAAGAAAUGUUUAGACCGGCUGCACAUGAGAGGCCGAGAAGAGGAGCAAGAAAUCCCACUGGAGUAUCUGGAGAAGCUCCACUUCAAGCACGAGAGCUGGCUGCAGCACAAGACCAUGAAUAUGGAGUUUGACUAUCUCAAUAAAGUUCCCGUCUUGACCAUAGAUGUGAAUGAAGAAUUCAAGGGGAAUGACAACAAGAGCACUGACAUGAUGGAAAAGGUGAAAGAGUUCCUGAGCACGUUGUGAAGAUGGAAAUCCAAGAUUGGGGCCGUUGGAAGAAACAGUGGAGUAAUUUUUAAAGCAAUGAAAUGCAUCAACUCUGACUUUCUUUUGUUUCCAUUCUCUAUAUAGAAUCAUUAAAAAUGAUCUGGCCUGUUGCAUUUUUUUUAAAUUCAUUAACGGCUUUUAUUUUUUUUACAUAUGUUGUGUAUUUAUCAAUUUGAGUGUGUGUAAAUGAGAAAGUUUGUGCGUUUAUUUUGUUCUUUGGUGUCUUGUCAAUAAACCUUUUACUUAUUCCAAG